AUGGCCGAGGCGGUGGGACUCGCCGCAAGCGUCAUCGCAAUCAUCGACCUGUCCGCCAAAGUCGCCGUCCUCUGCCUCGAUUACUCCACCGCCGUCGGCAAUGCUAGGGCCGACAUCACACGCCUCCGAUGCCGGUUAUACGACCUAGGCACAACCCUCCAAGGAGUUCGGCAUCUUCUUGUUGACCCGAGUAGUCAAGCGCUCGCCACGUCGCGAAGACUGGUCGACUCUGUUGAUGCCUGCACAUCAGAGCUGGCCCAGUUGCAGAGCAGGCUGGAUCCGGGUAAUGCCCGUCAGGCGAUGCGUCGUUUCGGACUUCGUGCCCUCAAGUGGCCGUUCGAUAGAAAAGAAGUUAGCGCGAUCGUCUCUAACCUAGAACGCUAUGAACAGACUAUCAUGCUAUGUCUGCAAAUCGACCAGACUACAAUCUUGCUCGACAUACGGGAGAGGCUUGAAGGCGUCUCGCUCCAACCCGAAGGAGACACAUCGAUUGCUCGCAAACCCUGCUUCGGCGUGCCUUUCGACCGAGACCCCGACUUCGUCGAUCGACCGAAUGUUAUGGCGUGGAUAAAGGAACAAUACACACGCUGCGUCGGUCGCAUGGCCCUCGUAGGCAUGGGCGGGUUUGGGAAAUCGCAGGUUGCCAUUCAAUUCGCGCGCCACAUCCACGACACAUCACCGCAGACCAGCGUUUUCUGGGUGCAUGCGAGUUCGAAGCCGAGAUUUGAAGAGGCGUACCGGUCUAUUGCAGAAAGGCUACAGCUACCUAGACGAAAUGAUCCCGACGUCGAUGUGCUCAGGCUCGUCCGUGACCGGCUGCAGACAGAGGAACUUUGA